GUUGACGCGAUUUCCGCAGGCUGAGACCGGGGAAAGUUGUUUCCUGAAGUUGAAGCUGUACUAGUGUUCAUUUCCACACUACAGUCGCAGUCGCGGUGUUUGUUUAACUGUCUUGCGCAAGUUCAUCGUCCGUAUGGUUUUGGUUGUGACAUUUGUCUACCGAUGGAGUUGUCUGAUGACAGGAUGAGCUCAAUGAGAGAAGACACAGAAGCCCUCCUUCAAGCCCAGCUGACGGAGUGUCGAGCGCAGGUUGAACACUGGCAGGGUGUGGCGACCAUCUGUGAACUGAGCAAACGGGAGGAACUGGCAGAGCUGCAAAAACAAUGUGAUCAAGAGAUCCAGUCCCUUCAGGAGGCUCUCAGGGAGACGACAGCGCAAUAUGAGUCCAGGAUAGCCGCGCUACUUGAGGGGAGGAGAGCAAGUAGCCAGAAUCAGGGGAGUGGAAAGAAGGGCAAAAUGGAUGCAGAGGCAUCCAGCAAUGAUUGCCAGACUUUACCAGACCGGUCGUGCUGCCAACCCGUCGACGGGGAACCUGCCCCGGAGGGAGAAGGCCUGCCGCUUAAUACCGAAGGAUAUUUUUCACUGCGGAACUGCGACUCGGACUCGUUGUCCUCGUUCUCCGUUGACACACCCUCCCUUCCAAGAAAGCUCAACGCUCAGGAAGACACAGACUCUCUGGUCUCAACGGGAACUCUGGUGCCGGAAGCCAUCUACCUGCCACCAGCAGGCCACCGGCUAGUCACCCAUAGCGACUGGGAUGCACUCAAUGCUCAGUUGUCAGAGUUGAGAGGGGAGGUGAGUCAACUCUUAGAAGCAAAGGAGGAACUGGAGAAAGAAUUGGACAUGCAGACCAACCAUACACACAAACAGGUAUCAUUGCUCCAGUCUCAGGUGCAGUCCUCAGAGACGCUUCUUCAGGAAUUACAGAACUCCCUCAGCCAGUCACAAACUACAGUCCAGAGUCGACUGUCUGAGCUGUCACUGUCCCAGAGAAAGGUCUGCUCUGAGCUAUCCAGGCUGAAAGGAGAGACGGUUGAAGUUGAGGUAACAGGCUCCACCUCAGCGCUUCCAGCGUCACGGCAGCAGGCGGCGCACAGUGAGGAGCGCCUCCGUAUUGAGAUUGUCAACCUGAGGGAGCAGCUUGAUAUUAGAGCAGAGGAGAAUGAAGUUCUAGAAGUGCAAUUUUCCAGUUUAAAAACGGAGACAGAGAGGAUUCAGGCCCAGAAGGACCAGUUUCACCACGAGCUGUUGGCCUGCCGCACUGAACUCGAGGCCCUGCGGGUGGCGCUCGCUCAUGUGCAGGGCAACAACAAAGAGCUGGAUAGUGAGAAUGAGGCCUUACAUCAGCGAUGUCUGGAACUACGUAGCCAAGUGAUCAGCAUGCGCUCUCAAGUCGACACCAGCCAGACUGUCCAGAGAGACUUUGUUGAGCUCUCUCAGUCACUGCAGGUGAAACUGGAGUUAAUACGGCAGGCGGAGUCCUUUGAACAAGUCAGGGAGAUCCUGGAGGAAGGAAUUAGCAAAGACGAUUCCUCGCCUGCGGACGCCUCCUGAGUCUGCUGCUGCAGGUGGAGAGCAGAGACCAAGCUAAACGAUGGACCAAUGACCCUCAAGUAAGAACGGCGAUGUGGGACUGACGGCCGUUUUGAAAUGACCAAGAGAAAGACGCCUGUUGCGUGACAUUCCGAGUGAAAACGCGGUCUCAAACCAAAACGUGUCACCGGAAGAGUGGAAACACUGUAUUUUAUAUCGAUGCCGUCACGUGAAAAACACACACGUCCGUUUUUGUCAUUUAAAAUAUAUAUAUAUAUAUAUAUGUUGAUGGGAUGCAGACAGCCCACGAACGUCAACAUUUUAAAAAUGAAAAAAAAAAUGGACACAUGUAUUUUGUCACAUGAUACGUUUAUAUUUUGACAAUGUUAAUGAAUUCAAACUCAAACGAUAAUUCAUUCUCAAGUCAACCCAAAACGUUCCGACACUCAAGGUUUAGAGAAGUCAAUAUUUCUCCACUUGAUCCUGUUAUCACGGAACCCCGAGGAUGGAAGCUCGGCAGCACUCGUAAGCUCGUUUGUUUGCUCGAUGUCAAAACAAGCAAGAACUUUGUGAAUGGUGCGUAACCAGCAGACAUUACUAGCUCAGCCAGCAUCUAAUUGUUGACUCUUCUAUGACACCACUACAUACCCACAGCCAAUGAUGACUUUGCCUUUAUUUGUGACAUGGAUAAAGCAUUUCCAUGACAGCGCAUAUCAUUCAAACAAGGGGGGGUUAAAACAAUGUUUGUCGUUAUGUAAACAUUUUGCAACCCUCUGUGCAGCCUCUUAGGAAAGAGGACACGUUGCAAUAACGGGUCAUGAAGUGAUAAGCACAUUUUCGGACGUGUCUGUAAGUCAUGUGUGUGUUUCUAAAAUAUUCUUUGUGUCGUAACAUAGUCAUGCGAACUGAUCUCCUUGCGCUUAACUUCAAUAUUUAUCAAUGAGGUCACAGCACACGGUCGCCUGAUCUGCAAUGACAAUGAUGUCAUCUCAUUUUUGUUUGUCCAAAACACUAUGUGAAGAAAUGUCUUCAAAAGCCAAUAUCAUGAUGACAACCAAAUAUAAUCCAUAGUGACUACAUUCUGGCUGGAUAUUUUCAGUGAGCAGCAAUAAACCUUACUGGUGAACUUUUA